CUCACAAGAUGCUACUUAUGAUCUAAACGUCAAAUCAAUUGUUUUCCAAAUGGCGACCUUCAUGUCGAGUGAAGGAAAAGAGCGAAUUAUAUUCGCACAAUUAGAAGCACUUAAAGAAAUAAGACAAAAGACCCUCAGCUUGGAGCGCCUUAAACAGCGUUUGCUUCAAGAGGUAAAGGCGGCCGAAAAUGAAGAAAAGAAUUUAGGCGAAUUUCGCCAGGAAAUGGAGCUUUUGCUUCAAGAAAAAAUGGCUCAUGUAGAAGAACUUAGACAGAUCCAUGCAGAUAUCAAUGCGAUGGAAUCAGUCAUCAAACAGGCUGAAGAUGCCCGUAACAAAGCAGUUGAAGUGGCUCGUCAUUUAUACAAUGAGUAUCGUCCAAUGAAGGCUGAAGUUGACAGAACCCGGCGUGAAUGCCUAGGAUUGGACACUCUUCCAGAUUUACAGGAAGAAGACGGAAAUCACAUUCCUCCAGGGUUUUUUGAAAAACCAAAACUUGAGUGGUUGCCAGAGAGGGAAGAUUCCACUCCAUCUGCUUUGGCAAGUUUAACAAUGACUGCAGCUGGAGUGGGUUCUGGAGGUCAUCAAAGUGGAGGUAGUGGUUUUCUGCCUCCACCUCCACCUCAAGCUCCACUCAUUAUGGGAAACAGCAAUAGAGGAGAAGCAAGAAAUCUUGCUCCUCCACCAGGACCAGCUGGCCCAUCACCAGCUUUCCGCCAACAACCGCCACCGAUGAAGUCGUGCAUGUCCUGCCAUCAACAAAUCCAUCGCAAUGCUCCCAUUUGUCCUCUAUGUAAGGCAAAGUCACGCUCACGUAAUCCUAAAAAACCAAAGAAAAAAGACUGAAACGGGAUGGUAACUUCGUAAAGCUUCAUAAGGACCGAAUAAUUAUCUACAAAAGUUUCACAAAUUCUCUUUUUUUAUUAUUCCUGUCACGCUCCAAUUUCUUGAAGAUUUUCAUUCUUCAUCUUUUUUCCUUCCGAGUUGGAAUCUCGUUUUGUUUGACGUUGUGCUAAGCUGAUCUUCCGUAUGCAUCAGUUAAUCGUUUUUUUCUUUUACAACUCUGAAAACAAACAAUGUGUGGUCGGUUUAGAUCUGAAGUCAUCACUACAUUAUUUACAGUCUCAGAUAGAUUCAUCUUUGAGACUGCAAUUCAUUUCAACUGCAACAGUAUUCGUUAGUAUCGAUUUGUAAGAACACAAUCAGAACUAAUAAACGCUCCUUAAAAUGGA